AUGUUACUUAGUAAUCAGAUAAAACGGAGUCGGCGUGAAAGACGCAUCAUUCCCGCCACCGCCGCAGCCGCCGCCGCCGCCGCUAUGUCGCCGCUCGCCUGCUUGCUGCUCGCUUUCGCGGCGCUGUUUGCUGCUGCCGACGGUGUAAAGCUUAAUUAUUGUGGAUACCUCAUGUUGGGCGAGGAAACAAAGGACCAUACGGACUUUAGACUAACUGCUCCCGGCGGCGACGUCCAAAUUCCUGAUAAAUGCUCUAGACCAGGACGAAGACUAGUGGGGGAGUACAUCUCAGUGUGCGAUCCCCCUUAUUACCAGCCUAUAGUGACGCCAGCAAUGACAGGCUCACCUUAUCUUAAACCGGUCUUCAAGCUGGUCAACAUCCAGUGUCCGAGCGGCAUCAAAGGCUGCGAUAACCUCGACGUUCACGUGACGCAGUUUUGCGAAAUAGUCACUGGACCACAUUGAGUACAUAAGCAAAAUGAUGUGCAACCAAAAUUUAUUAUGUUCAAUAAAGUUUACUAAAUAAAAA